AUGGAGAGGUUGCAGCUGGCGUGUGGAGGUGUCUCUCAAAACUCUGUUGACGACUUGGACGCCAGUGUCCUCGGUUACGCUGGGUUGGUUUAUGAGCAUACUCUGGGAGAAGAAAAGUUCACAUUUGUCGAGGAGGUCCGGGAGCCGAAAUCGGUCACUUUGUUGAUUAAGGGACCGAAUGCCCACACCAUCACUCAAAUCCACGAUGGGCUACGAGAUGGUUUGAGGGCUGUCAAGAACGCGAUCGAAGAUGGAGCAGUAGUCCCCGGAGCUGGAGCAUUCGAACUAGCUUGCUCACGACAUUUAUCUCAAACCGUCAAAUCACAAGCCAAGGGACGAGCGAAGUUGGGAAUUCAAACCUUCGCAGAUGCCUUAUUAGUGAUCCCCAAGACCUUAGCAGCCAACGCUGGCUUGGAUGUUCAAGAAGUUCUUAGUGGUUUGGUCGAUGCGCUUGACGAAGGUGGUGUCCAAACCGCGGGAGUAGAUCUUGCUACAGGUAAUCCAAUAGAUCCUGCCCUCGAAGGCAUUUGGGAUAACUAUCGCGUCAAACGGCAGUUGUUGCAUAGUUGUUCUGUGAUUGCUAUGAACUUGUUGGUGACUGAUGAGAUCAUGAGAGCGGGUCGAUCGAGCUUGAAAGAAGGACCUCAACAUUAA